UGCAAAUCUUCAAUUCAAAAACCUGCCCGGCUGCUUCUACUAUUUCCGAGUCCUCCGAGUCUUCUAAUCAUCUCCAAGUAAGUUUCUUUCAUUCCUUCUCUGAGUCAUGUCAGACCGUGAGGAUAGUCAGAACCCCUCCGUUCAUUCUUAUGGUUCUGGCGGCUGGUCUCCCACCUUUGGUUCCUCUUCUUCUUCUUCAUCCUCCGACUCUGAGCACCCGGCUACUUCUCCACAGAAGAAGCCGGUUGAUGCUUCCACUUGCGCUCCCUCUUCUUCCGCGGCGCAAGUGGUCUCGGUUGCCCAGUCCGGGGACAAGGGCCUCAUUCAGCUAGACGAUCGGUUGCUCCAAGAGCAACCGUCGUACAUGCAGAAACCCCAAGUCCANACGUCGAUUGGGAUCCAUUACCAUUCGAUCAAGGACUUGGGUGAGUUCUCUAUUCACCCAUUCAAAGUCCUUUUCCUUGAGACCUACGGGAUCAUGCCCGGGCAGCUGGCCCCUAAUGGUCACCGUUUGUUAGGCAGCUUUAUCAACGUCUGCCGGUUUCUUCGUAUUCCUCUUUCUCUUCGCCUCUUUGAUUAUAUGUUCGAUGUUCGGCCCGGGUCCAAGGAAACCCUUGGAUUCGUGGUGGUGUCUUCCCACCAAGGUCGAGCAUUCCUUUGUGGUCUUCCACCCUCCAACAAGAAGUGGAAAGACAAAUAUGUCUGCGUCAAAUUCCCCCCGGGUGCCUUUCCUUUUGCCCAAAACGUCUGGGGGAAAAGAAUGAAGCGCCAGGUCAAACCAGCGGAGGCCGAUGACCUGGUUGCUUGGGAAGCCACCCUCCGGGCCGGGGAUGCCUCCACCCGCGGUCUGUACCAUGUUGGGAAGUGGAGCGUCUACCAUCUAGGAGGGAGAGGAGCCGGACGACCUGGUCAGACCAGGCGAACGGAGCCAUCCCCACGCGAUGAGCCCCAGCACAGCCGGGCACCACGAGAGGAAGAAGCCGAAAGCCACCCUAGACACACGACCCGUUCACAUGUUGAGCAACCUCGGGAUCGUGUGGGCCGGGUCGAGGCACAUCUGGAGAAACUACAACGCCGGGUAGACCAAGAAGAAAAGAAGAAGAUUCUGCUGAACGAAUCUCCGUUCACAGACCGGGUUCAUGAAACACCAUUUCCAAAGAAGGCGAAACUUGAAGUCCCGAAGUUCACUGGGAAGGAGGACCCGGAAAUUCACGUCAAAACCCUCCAUCAAAGUGGGCGGAUGAUGGGUCUUUCCGGGGAUGAGAAAUGUUUGCUUUUCUUUCAGACCCUCCGCGGCCGAGCCGCCGAGUGGUUUCAUAACUUACCGGCCGGUGAAAUCGAUUCUUUCGAUGAACGAGCUGAGGUGUUUCAAGAAAAGUUCAAAGAAAACUGUACCAAGAAGAAAAAGUUUACCUACUUGAGUACAGCCGGGCAGCGAGAGCAUGAGGAUCUGACAAAAUUCCUCACCCGGUGGAAGGGUGAGGUUGACAAGGUGGAGGAGAUGGACGACAAGACAGCAAUGUCCCUCCUUGUAUCCGGGCUCCGGUCCGGAGAACUAUACAAAGAAUUCUACAGGAGGCCUCCCCAGUCCUAUCAAGAGGCCUAUAACACGGCCUGGGACUAUGCUGACGCUGAAGCCCAGGUCUCAUCCAAGAGGGAAGCCGAGCAGGGCCACUCAAAUGGAAAAGUUUCCUUGAAAAAGGAAAUUACAUUGCCCGGUAAGAUAAAAGCAGAAGUCAUGGAGGUAAAACCGGUCAAAAUAGAGAAGAAACUGACCGGCGAGAAACAAUGGACGGAGAAGUAUUGCUCCUUUCACAAAACUGAUUCCCAUAACACUGCAGAGUGUAACAGUGUGAAGGGGGUAAUAAAGCAGAUGAUUGAGGCCGGUGAGAUUGAUCCUGAAUAUCUGGCCCAGGCUAAGCAAAAGAAGAACCAAUGGGUCAGACCAGAAGGACAACCGGCCGAGCAGAAUAAAAAGAAGAAAACCGCCGGCGGUCAAAGAAAGCGUUCCCGCACCGGCAAGAACGUUGGUUCCUCCUCGGCUCCUCCACCACCGGCGCACAAGUAUCUCGACGGGUCGUUCCUUUGGUUCAAUGACUGCGAAGAGGCGACGCGGUUCUCGGAAAAGUUUGAGCACCCGGAAAUUCUUCCUCCCCGAUUCUCCACCGCCCGCUUCAUUCAUGACUCCAUUCCACGCGAGGAACGGGUUAUCCUCGAACGUGGAAACUUCCUCGACCUCCUCUACAUCAAGAACGUCAAUUAUCACCCCUUUCUUGUUAGAGCUUUCUUCUCGAACUUGAAAAAGGAUGAGGACGGAGCGUUGAUCUCUAACGUCAACGGGGUGGACAUCUAUUUGAAUGAGGAAAACAUUCAAAUUCUCACAGGGCUUCGUCGGGACGGACAGGAUCUCGAGCUCUACGUCAGAGAAGAAGGAGCGCGGUUCAAUGAGACCGCCCUCUUGGAGGAAGUAGGCAUCCAACACUUCGUCCCCACUCCCCAACAGCGGCGCCCUACGAUUGCUUCCAUGAGUCCCGUGUUUCGAUUCAUUUUUUAUGUUUUGACACGGAUUCUCAAGCCUAGGAAGUUCAAUCACACCACUCUCUCCCAGGAGGACACAAAGACAAUUCAUGCGAUGAUUCACAACGCCAAUCUCAAUUGGUGUAAAUUUGUGAUGACUCACAUGUUCACCGCCACCUCCGACAAUCGAUCGCUCCCCUACGCCCUCCUUGUCAUGGCAAUUCUUGAAGAGUAUAACAUCAAAACCGAUGUUGGGCCAAAGAUAAAGGGAACAAAGCAUUGGGAGAUUGAUGAAUCCUCUUUCCACUCGGGCACCGACGAGACUCCGUUUCGAUAGCCUCGUAAACGCCGCCAACCGAGAGCCACUAUCUCAACCGCCACCACUUCGACCAAUCCUUCUCUCGCCGAGCAAAUGGCAGCCUUGACCGCCACUCUCUCUUGGAUUGACACCAACGUCUCCAAAACGGCACACAACGCCAAUACCUUGAGCCGUGAACUUCACGGGU